AAUAAUCAUUAUUAUUAUUGCGAGUGUAUCACUAAUACAGUUGUGAUUCUGUGUAUGAGAGUUGUGGUUCUGAUUAAGCAAAUCAACUUGAUGUUACACAUCACGAAUUCUGUAUUUGCUGGUCCUGCUGCUGCUGCUGCGUUGUCAUUGCCGCGCAAGCGUAGCCAGCACCACGACGCCCAACACGCGCAGCCUCAACAACAACACGGUGUGGCCUUAACUGACGUUUCGGGUAACGGCCCUUCUUCAUGAAAUGCACGGAGGGGGCUUUGUUGUUGUUGUAAAUUCACUGCCGGAUGGAGGGCCUCGUCGCCACCGCCCUGCGAGUCUGGGCGGAUAUUUGGCCAUACUUCACCACGGCGGGUGGAUGUGUCGCUGACGAUGUGUCGCUGCACGAUGUGUCGGGUCGCUGGCAGUAGACCGCAGGAGUAGGUGGGACGUGACUGCGGAAUUCGCCGUGGCCACAGCGACAUCUCGCCUGGAUGCGGUGCACCGGGCCACGUUGGUCAUUCGAGGACCUCAUUCCUUGCCGACCGAGAGGUUGUUCCUUGCGCGCCGCCACCCCCACCCCCAUCCUGCACACAUCGUGCACGGGACGAAGAGUCGACGAUCACGGGGAGCCGAGGAGGAGGAGGACCCCAGUUCGCAUCCUGCGGACGCACGCGCCGUGCGGCAGUGGUGGUGGAGGAGGCGGUAGAGGUGGUGGUGGAGGAGGUGGUGGAGGAGGUGGACACGUGCACGCCCGCCCUCCCCGCUCGCUCGUCGUCGUCGCCGCCGUCGUCGCCGUCAUGUCGGAGUCUCGCGCCUCCGUGGCGCACGCCGCCCUCUCACGCUCGAGCAGCGUUCCCGUGGGCGCGCGGGCGCUCAACGGGAGCUCGCGCGGGCACGGGGGCCAGGGCGGCACGCUGGCCUCCGGGGCGGGGCCCGCCGGGGCCCACCCGGCGGGGGGCCACCCCCUGCUGGCGGGGGGCCUCGGCGCGGCCGACAGGGAGAGGGGGGCCGCCCCUGCGGCGGCGGGAGAGAGCUUCAGCGAGGUCCUGCGGCGGCUGCUGGACGCGCACGAGAGGGAGGUGCAAGGGCUCACGCAGCAGCUGUCCAAGCUGAAGCAGGAACGGUGCAUGCUGGAGAAGGUGUUCACUGCCAAUCAGCAGCUGAGGGAGCAGCAGAAGCUUCUCAAUGAGAACAUCAAGGUGCUGGAGGACAGGCUCCGCGCCGGCGUGUGCGAUCGCUGCAUCGUGACGGAGGAGCACAUGCGGCGCAAGCAGGUGGAGUUCGAGAGCGUCCGGCAGCAGAACCUCAAGCUCAUCACGGAGCUCAUUAACGAGAGGAACGCCAUCACGGAGGAGAACCGCUCGCUGAAGGACACGCUUGAGGCCGUCAGACGCUCACCCAGCGCCCUCCCGGGGCCGCAGGCUGAGGCAGCGCUGGAGCGGAGCGGCGAGCUGCAUGGCGCGGCGCUGCGCGCGGAGCGCGGUGGCGGUGGUGGUGGUGGUGGCGGUGCCGCGGGCGGCAGUGGCAGUGGCGCGGCAGGCUCGUGCGUGGUUUCGUGCGGGCGCACCGGGGCGCCGCCCUGCUUCAAGGCGCCGGCGAACCACUCCAGAGAGAGCUCCGGCUACUCCCCGCAAUCUCGCGACACGGAGGGUCACAUGACGCUGGUGAUCAAGGCGCCCGUGGGCGGGCAGGCGGGAGAGCGAGACCGACCGAGCGCCAAGGAGAGCCACGCGCAGGAGCCGGCGAGCAUCAUCAUGAGCCUGGCCACCCAGGAGGCGCCGGCGGGAGCGGUGACAUCGCUCGACACGGACACUCUGCCGCUGGAGGCCGCCCUGCUGCUGGAGUUCGCCCAGCGCAAGCGUUGGGUCACCAACUCGGACUGCGCGGUCAAGGAGCAGGCGGGGGCGACCGCCGACUGCAGGGGCGAUGCGAAUGAGCAUGGCGUUGGCGCCGGCGGUGGCACCGGCAGCGCCACUGGCAGCCACGUGGCGGGGCCAGCGGCGCCCAUGAGCGUCGUGACCUGUCAGGAGCAGGGGCAGGGUCAAAGGGUGGAGGUGGUGCGACCUGUGGAGAAGAGCACGGUGGAGGAGAAGCAAGUGGAGAAGCCAGUGAGCUUUGGGGUCAUCAGCAGCACGGCCAUAAAGCCCAGGUCACAUGACACGGCCGACUCGUCCACCAUGGACGAGGUCAUAGUUCAAGGGUCGAAGAAGAUUCAAGGUAUCUGCCAUCAGCCCACCGUGGUCAUCAAGCAAGAGGAUGUGAUCGUCUGCCUGGCCUCCAUGGCGGCCCGGGCGAGGAGCAGCGCCGGUGCACGGCACGCGGCCACCAAUGGCGACGCCAACGCAGAAACGUCCCUGGAUGGCGUGACGCACCUGGAGGGGAGCCUCCUCGUCAAGGUGGAAGAGGUGGACCGGCGGCACGGAGACCCAGAAGGGCUCGGCGAGAUGGAGAUGGAAGGAGGAGUCGUCUUGUCACUGAAAAGAUUUUGUUCACCGAACAUCAAGAGAACGUUUAACGAGCUUGAAGACGACGACCAAAACCUGGACGACGAGGUGGACGGGGAGAAGAGGAGCCGCGUGGCGGUGGCGCAGGCUCAGGAGCUGCCCGAAGAUCUGAGUCUGGCGACGGGACUCCACGGGCGAGAAGUCAUCAAGGAGCAGCAGCUGUCCAAUCAGCAGUCCCCUUGCAGAAGGCUUCAGGCGGCGAAGGACGCGAAAGCCAACACGAUGAUGCGACACAGGGGGCUCAUUACGACCGCGCCCUCCUGCAAGGUGAAGCCAGGCAAGCGGCUGUGAGAGGGAGGGGGGCCCGUACCCCCCUCCCACCGCCAGCCUCGACGAAAAGCCAACAUCUACAUUUAGGCCAGAGCGCCGCUGCCCCCCGUGUGUACAUUAGUUUGUGUCCACGGUGACCGAGACGCACGCUGUGGUGUGCGCCGUCCAGAGGUCCCAGCUUCGAUUCAAUCGCUCGGUGUGCGUGCGCUCGGCGGCUGAAUUUCAACGGCGCAGGUUUCUUAAAAAUCCGCCACCGCCAUCUCGUACCCUUUGGAUCGUUCGGUAAAGUCACGCAGGUAUAAAAAGUGUAACAAAUAUAAUCACGACGCCAUCUCUUCUGUACACCCAGCAGCAUAAAUGGGUUCGCCACGGCACCGCGUUUGGUCGCGUACAACGUGGGGCGUGCGCUCCCGCCUCUUCGAAGGCACCGGCGGUGGCAGCGUGGAAGAGUAGACCAAAUAAGGGAGGGGGGGGCCCCACACAGAGCUCCCUGGAGCGUUGUUCGGGGCCCCCCUCCGCCAACAGUAGCGCGAGCAAGCAGUUGCAGGGAAGCACCUUUUACAGUUAGAUUGUUUUUAGACACCAAGGGCAAGAUGAUAAGUUAGAGGGGGGGGGCUCACGUGCUGCUGGUGAAGGCCGGGGCGAUGCGGCCGUGGGAGCGACGGGGGGAGUGAACCCCGUCCUUGGGAGGAGUGCGCCGUGACCUUUUAAACACGAACAACAGAGUCGAGCAGCGUCGUCGUCAUCGCCAAAUGUUUUAUGUUUUAUCUUCUGAACUCGAUCUCGAAUCGCGUUUUGUAACUUAACCGCGGGGGGGGGGGGGGGGGGGGGGGGGGGGGGCGGGGGGAGGG